AUAUAUUGUAAAUAUAUAUAUAAUUUAUCUUAUAAUAUUGGUUUAUAUGUGGACAUGAUGGAAAAGAGAGAGCAACAUAUGUAUAAAAAUUAUCUAUACAUAUAUACUUAUCACAUUUGUUUUGUCUAUACAUAUACGACUAACGAUCUUGCUACGGACGGACUAUCUAUUCCGUCUGUUGUUGAUACACAUAUUUUAAUGAUAUACCAGAUCGAAUCUGUAGGGGUCAAAGAGUAGAUAAUUUUUUUAUGUACACUUGUAAACAACUCUGCAGCAAGGAAAGGACGAAAUUAGAGAUGAAUAUAUUAAUUAAAACACGCACAAUCUAUAAUAAAUUAAGUGUUCGUUAUUAUGGUGAAAAAGUUGGUAUAAUAGGAGUACCAUUUGAUAAAGGGCAGAAAAAAGAAGGAGUAGCUCAUGGACCAAAUGCAAUUAGAGCAGCAAAUUUAAUAUACGAAUUAAAAACAUUAGAGUUAGAUGUGCAAGAUUAUGGUGAUGUACUCUAUGAUGCAAAUAAUAUAAGUGAUGUAAAUAAUAUGUCACAUUUGGGUUACGUAGCAAGUUGUGCAAGUCGUUUAUCCGAACAAGUUCGACAAGUAUUACGAAAUGGUAGGCAAGCACUGACAAUCGGUGGUGAUCACAGCUUGAGUAUUGGUACUAUUGAUGGACAUGUAAAGGAAAAACAGGAUGUAGCGGUGAUAUGGGUCGAUGCCCAUGCAGAUUUAAAUACUAAUAAGACCAGCGAGAGCGGUAAUGUACAUGGAAUGCCUGUAGCAUUGUUAACUUCGGAAUUAGCUGACUAUUGGCCAUAUUUACCAGGCAUGGAUUGGCAAAUGCCAAUGUUGUCUAUCAGAAAUGUAGCUUAUAUUGGUUUGAGAUCUGUGGAUCGUUAUGAAAGAUUAGUAAUUGAAAAAUUUGGUAUUACUGCUUUUGGCAUGGAAGAUAUAGAACGUUACGGUAUUCAUGAUGUAAUACAUAUGGCACUAAACAAGAUAGAUCCUUAUAAUUCGAGAUCUUUACAUGUUAGUUUUGAUAUAGAUGCAUUAGAUCCUCUCGAAGCACCCAGUACUGGAACUCCAGUCCGUGGAGGAUUGUCUCUUAGAGAAGCAAUUAAUCUUAUGGAAGAAAUAUACAGAACACAUCGACUGAGCGCUAUAGAUUUAGUAGAAGUUAAUCCACAAAUCGGCAGUGUCCAAGAUGUGAAGAUUACUAUAGAAGCAGCCAUACAUAUUAUUCAAGCAGCUUUGGGAUAUACUAGGCGUGGUUUGAGAGUACCUAAGGGUGUUACUGAUAUACCAUUACCUUUACAGACAUCUCAAUAAUAUAUAUUUUGCUUCUAUUUUAA